UACCAUAUUGAAUAAUUUUUGUUAAUUCAACCAAGAUUUAACCUAGAACCUCGUUUAAAUCAUAUGCUUCAUGUUCGUGUAUAAACUUCAAGCUUUGCCGAAGUUCCAUUGUUAUCGGGAGACCGAAAUCUUGGUGGAGUAGCCAAUAAGAUAGAAUUUUCAUAAUCGUGUGAAAAAACGAAGCCUCGUCAUGUCGAAGUGCUUACUGAGUCGAAACAAUUUUGCGAGGAUUUUUCUCGUGUCGCCGCCAAAUUGUUGCCGGAUUCAUUCUGCUUCUCCUAAAGCCUUUUCCGUCGCCAAAUCGGGAAAGAUUCAGUCUCUGAAUUUGAAAAAGAAGAAGAGAUUGGACGAGAUGUGUGUUGAAAGGUAUCAGCAGUACAGCCGAACAAUCAUACAAUCAUGGAUAUUACAAGGUAAAGUAUUGGUAGAUGGCAAAGUAGUCAGUAAAGCCGGAACACCCGUCGGCGAUAAAGCUAAGGUCGAGAUAAUUGCUGAAGUUCCUAAAUACGUAUGUAGAGCAGGAUUCAAGCUGGAAGCUGCCAUUGAACAGCUGGGUGUUGAUGUUGAUGGUAAAGUUGCUCUUGAUGCUGGAUUAUCCACCGGAGGAUUUACCGACUGUUUGCUUCAACAUGGGGCUUCAUUUGUUUAUGGAGUCGAUGUUGGCUAUGGGCAGGUUGCCGACAAGAUACGUCGAGAUGAACGUGUUUGUGUGAUGGAAAGAACAAACUUAAGACAUCUUGCUGGAGUUCCUCAAAAAGUUGAUAUUGUGACUCUGGACCUUUCUUUUAUCUCUAUUCUCUUGGUCAUGCCUGCUGUGGUCAAUGUAAUGAAGGAAACGUCAACAAUUGUUACUUUGGUGAAACCUCAAUUUGAAUGUCGUCGAUCACAAGUAGGAGGUAAGGGAGUCGUGAGAGAUCCACAAGUUCACCAGGAGGUUCUUGAGAAGAUCAUAAAGGGUGUGGAGAGUUUUGGAUUCUGCAGCAAAGGUUGGAUUGAGUCGCCAUUGAAGGGCGCUGAGGGUAAUACAGAGUUUUUGGUUUGUUUUACCAGGACAACACUUUCUGCUGCAAACCAAGAUUGAUUGUUAGUCCAACCAGCAGUUUCUGGGUUUUAAUCUCUGUAAUUCACUUAAUUGAAUGAUUGUUCAUCUAGUAUUUACUUAUUUAAUAUAGAAAAUAUUCAUGCAUUUAGUA